ACAGGGCGAGCGACUGUAGCUGCCCAUAGAUGAUGCCCAGGCGGUCACCAGUGGCAGAAACCUGCGAAAUUCAAGCAUUGCCAAAAAUAUUGACGAACCCCUCCAUUGGAUCUCGUUGGUGCUAGACAAUUGCCCAAGAUCUUGAGUUGGACAACCUGAAAUGGCGUCGCAGACUUCCACCUCCCAGUCCAAGGUGUCUUCGCCUGCGAAACUGGCCCAAAUCCGACAACAAAACUUCGAGCAAGCCGUCGCCCUGUCCCUCCACCUCUGGCCCGCCCUCACCGUCGCCGUGCAGAACAACUGGAGCGAUGAGAAUGCGGAAGACGUGCGCGACUGGUUCUGUGGGGCCAUAGUCGAGCUGUUUCCGAGCUUUGUGGCCCUGGCCAAGCUCGUCGAAUCCGGCAAGGAGAAGCCCGAGGACCAUGAGGAGCCCGAUGCCGAGUACGUCGAGGAGCGUUUGCUGCAAGUUAUGGCCGAUGAGUACCAGGUCGCAGUCGACGACGGUUCGAGCCAUGAGACGGCCAAUGAGAUCAUACGUUUGCGGGCGGCGUGCGCGAGGGACCAGUUUGAGGGUGUUGACGAGCUGAGGAGGCGGUUCGAGAGCCGCAAGGGGAAGAAGAUUGUCCUGCAGGUGGCGCCGGAUGUGGAUCAGGAUACCGACUGGGAGAGCGAUGACGACGAGGACGACGAUGAUGUGGAGAUGGACGAGGCGCCGGCCUUGGCGCCAGUACGGAAAGAGAAACCCCAGCCCGAAAUCGACGAAGAUGGAUUCGAGAAGGUCACACGGAAGAAACGAUGAAAGUUGCAAAGAUUUUAUACCAAAAAGCGCUCUGUGACUAUUAUUAUGCCUAAAUGGGGUGUACAAAGCUUCCAAAGCAUUCAACAUAAUCAGUGCCAACGCCUAACGUACUCCGAGGACCUACACAGCAAGCAUCCACUGAAUUUCGACUGGUGCACAACUAGAGGAUUGUUCCUAUUCCCAGUCUUCUUCUUCGCUGUCAUCGCUCUCAUCGCCCUCGGGCGAUUCUUUGGGCGAAUUGGGCGCCUGACUUGGGUUUCCAGACGUGGCCCCUACAACAUCAUAGCUGGUGUCGCUGUCUGCUUGC